AUGGCUAGAAGCGCAGGGUGCAAUCCUGAAAACGGCUACUGUGAAAAGCCUGAGGAAUGCAGAUGCAAACCAGGCUGGCAGGGGGUAACAUGCAAGCAGUGCAUGCCCUUCCCUGGAUGUCUUCAUGGCAGCUGUGAGAAAGCAUGGCAGUGCAUCUGUGAAGAGGGCUGGAUGGGGAGCCAGUGUGACCAAGACACCAACCAGUGCUCAUCUAAACCAUGCACUGAUAACUCCACAUGCAUCCAGACUGGCCAGGGAGGAUACCUCUGCAUUUGUCUGCCUGGUUACACAGGAGAGAGCUGCCACCUGAAAAAGGGAUCAUGUCUAACAAACGGCUCUCCCUGCCAAAAUGGUGGCACCUGCUCUGACGCCGGUGGCUUGGCAGCCUACCCCUCCUGCGCCUGUCCUCUCGGAUUCGCUGGAGACUUCUGUGAGAUUGACACGGACAGCUGUAAUCCCAACCCUUGCCUCAACGGGGGCAACUGCACCGACUACGGUCCUGCAUUCACCUGCGCCUGCCCCGCGGGCUUCAACGGCCCCACCUGUAACAACACCCAUGUGGACCCCCUCUCCCCCUGUGCUAGUACCCCCUGUGGGAACGGGGGUACCUGCGUGGUGGGGAGCCAAAAGAACAGGGCUGGGAUGUACCAUUGUCUGUGCCUCCCAGGGUGCACUUUCACUGGGCAUGAAUGUACGCCGACCCAGCAGCCACACAGGCCCAAAGCCAAACUCAGGCUGGCCAAACUCUCCCCACCACACUACAGCCUACCUGCCCACGCCUUCCAUAAACUACUAAGGCCCCCCGAGAGGGACCUUCUCAAGAUCAGCCUGAAGGAGACGGUUCACUCGGCCUCUGCCGCCAGCCUGGUCACCCGCAGUCAGCUCAUCUGUUUCGGGAUGCUGGGCCUGCUCACCUGCCUGGUGAUCCUGGGAACCACAGGUAUUAUCUUCUUCAACCGCUGCGAGACGUGGAUGGCCAACGCCAAGUACAGCCAUCUGGUGCGCCAGCAGAGAGAGCAUCUGUUGAGAGGCAAUAACAGCGAGGAUGAGGGGGGCCACUCUGUCAACAUCAUCCUCCCUGAGAAGAUCAAGCUCACCAGCUUUGGGAAACAUUACACGUCAAUCUGA